AUGUCGUGGAAACGCUCGGAGAAGCUGAUGGAGACCAUCAAGCACUACAGCAACUUUCCCGCGACCGGUGUUUCCCUCCGCCAGAUGGUGCAGUUUGGCGAGAAGCCGUCCACAGGCACCCUCUUCCGCGCCUCGCAGUUCCUUUCCGAGGAGCUGCCCAUCCGACUGGCACAUCGCGUGCAGGAGCUCAACGACCUCCCCGACGGCCUCAACGAGAUGCCGUCCAUAUGCAGGGUCCGCGAUUGGUAUGCCCAGUCGUUCGAGGAACUCGUCCAGCUGCCCCGGCCGAACCUGCCCAGCGACGUCAAAGACCGGCUCUUGAAGCCCGCCAAGCGCACAUCGCCCCUGAUCAAGGCAACGCAGAACCCCAGCAUACAAAAGGGCCAGUACCGCUCGGCGCCCGAGAGCGGCCAUGGCAACGGCCACGGCCACGGGAAAGACCACAAGGGCGCAACCUCGAGCCGGAGAUACUUUGCUGCCGCAGACGACGGCCUGGACUGGCCGCCCGAGCUGAGCGCCUACAACACAAAGUUUGCAGACACCCUCGAGAAGAUCAAGAGGCGGCACGACAGCGUCGUGACCACCGUCGCCCAGGGCAUCCUAGAGUGGAAGCGCAAGAGACAGAGGAUGCAGAUCGACCACAACAUCCAGGCCUUCCUCGACCGCUUCUACAUGUCUCGCAUUGGCAUCCGCAUGCUCAUCGGCCAGCACAUCGCCCUCACCGACCAACGCUCCCGCUCCGAUCCCAACUACGUCGGCAUCAUCUGCACCAAGACCAACGUCCGCGAACUCGCCCAGGAAGCCAUUGAGAACGCGCGUUUCGUCUGCGAAGACCACUACGGCCUGUUUGACGCGCCCAAAGUUCAGCUCGUCUGCAACAACGACAUCAGCUUCAUGUACGUGCCCGGCCACUUGUCGCACAUGCUCUUCGAGACGUUGAAGAACUCUCUCCGUGCCGUUGUAGAGCGCCACGGCCAGGACAAGGACGACUUCCCCGUCACCAAAGUCAUCGUCGCCGAGGGCAAAGAGGACAUUACCAUCAAAAUCUCCGACGAGGGAGGCGGUAUCCCGCGAUCCGCGAUCCCCUUGGUAUGGACAUACAUGUACACAACGGUAGACCAGACACCGAGCCUCGACCCCGAUUUCAACAAGAGCGACUUCAAGGCCCCGAUGGCUGGCUUCGGCUACGGACUUCCUAUAUCGCGGCUGUAUGCGCGGUACUUUGGCGGUGAUUUGAAGUUGAUAAGCAUGGAAGGCUACGGCACAGACGUCUACCUCCACCUCAACCGGCUCUCUUCGUCGUCGGAACCGCUCCAAUAG